AUGCUGCGGGGGGUCUCGCUGCUGCCCCGCGCCCUGGGCGGCGGUGGCGGCGGCUGCUGCUGCGCUCCUCGGGUCUGGGCGGGCGCGGCGGGCGGCGGGUCCCGCCCGCGGGCCGCCCCGGGGCUGCCGCCGGGCCGCGCCUGGCAGAGGGAGCGGCCCGCGGCGGUGGCGGCGGUGCCGCCGGGCGCCCGCGGGCUGCGCUGGGCCGGUGAACUGUGCCGACAUGCCCCCACAGAGACCUCCCAGGCCACCCUAGCCAGCGUGUCUCCUGUUUUUGCAGUGAUGAAGUUUGACAAAGAGGGAAAUACUACCUAUUUUGAAAAGAAGAAAACAGAAUUGUACCAGGAAUUGGGUCUUCAAGCACGAGAUUUAAGAUUUCAACACGUAAUGAGCAUUGCAACUAGGAACAACAAAAUCAUCAUGAGAAUGGAGUUCCUGAAGGCUGUGAUAACACCAGAGUUUCUGCUGAUACUGGAUUAUCGUAAUUUGAGUCUGGAACACUGGCUCCUCAGUCAGCUAGCAUCUCAGCUGGCUGGGGAAGGUCAGCUGGUUACAUAUUCUCUGCCCUUUGAAUUCCGAGCCAUAGAAGCAAUCCUGCAGUACUGGAUCAGCAAACUGCAGGGGAGACUUAACACUUUGCAGCCUCAGAUCCUUGAGACACUGGAAGCUCUAGUGGACCCCAAGCUUUUAUCUGUGGAUAGGAGUAAACUACACAUUCUCCUGCAGAAUGGCAAGAGCUUGUCAGAACUGGAAACAGAUCUUAAGGUUUUCAAAGAAACAAUUCUGGAGAUCUUAGAUGAAGACGAAUUAAUAGAAGAGCUCUGUCUAUCUAAAUGGACUGAUCCACAAGUAUUUCAGGAGAGUACAUCUGGGAUUGACCAUGCAGAGGAAAUGGAGCUGCUGUUGGAGAAUUAUUACAGACAAGCAGAAGAUCUUGCAAAUGAAGCUCGUGAACUCAGAGUACUGAUUGACGACUCAGAAAGCAUCAUCUUCAUCAACCUGGACAGCCACCGUAAUGUGAUGAUGAGGCUGAACUUGCAGCUGACUAUGGGGACUUUCUCCGUCUCUCUCUUUGGCCUCAUAGGAGUUGCAUUUGGUAUGAACUUGGAGUCAUCUCUUGAAGAGGACCCCAGGAUAUUUUGGCUGGUGACGGGGAUUAUGUUUCUGGGAAGUGGUCUGAUAUGGCGACGCUUACUUUCCUUCCUUGGGCGGCACCUAGAACCUACACUACCUCCUCACGUUCCUGCAGUUUUGAAAAAAUCCCAACCAUCAGCUGGAAGAGUGGAGAUAAAGAACAGCCUUAAAGCAGAAACAUUUGGGCUGAGCAGAACAUUACCAAACCAAUAGGAACAUAAGGAAAGAAGAAACUUCUGUUUUUACAGGGUGGACUUCGGACACUUUCCUUGCAUUUGUUCUUCCUUACUGAAAGCUGCAAGAAUUUCUAAACUUGCUAAUUUAAUAUAUAUUUUGUGCCAAAAAAAAUACUGUGAGAUUUUUAAUUCUUACACGUGAAAGGAGAGGAGCACCAGGGAAAACAGCAACAUGCUUUACACAGUAGUGUCCUCUCCGCUCCAUGUGUGCUCCAUUAGUUUUCUGUAUCACAUACAUAUACUUUACUUUUUGGGCAUUCUCAUUUUAUGUGUUUCUGUCAAAUACUUCUUUGCCUAAUGGCCCUUCUUACAGAGAACAGAAUUUUUUGCUUAAAGGAUGACAGCAUUCAUCAAGUAUUCUGGUUCUGAGCUGCAGAUUGAGGAAUCAGACUUCAAAUGUCAAAGAAAAAUCCACCCCAAGAGUGGCUUUUUAAAUGGAUUUUUAAGGCCCUAUUUAAUUGCAGAGAACAGAUUUUUCCAAAGCAAAAAGCAUACCUGCAUCUUUUGUGAAGCAUGACCACUAAAUUGGCAGCAACCAGAAAUAAUAGUUUCCCUUAUUUUACGUGAGCAGUAACAGGCUUUGGAAUCUAGUUACUUAUCUUGGUUAUUCCUUAACAACUAAUUUAGGCCCAAAACAUGCAGUUUUAGGAACAGGGAAAGCAGGCUUAUGGAUAAUGCCCACUUGUAUUUGCCACCUGAUAGUAUUUCAACAUGAAUUGAUACAGCUGCAGUUUCACAACUCCUCCUGUUAUGAGGACUGAUUCAAAUUCUGCUAAAAAUCAACAGAUGGGUUCUUAGUUUCUCUGAACUGGGCUAUGCUUUCUCUCUUCUCUCCAAGACAAACCAUGGACUAGCCUGCACCACCGUAAGUAGCCAGGUUAGUAAAGGGUGUGGAAGCCUGGUAUCCUGUGAUGGACUGAAGGAAGGAAUAGAAGCCUUAUGCCAACUGUGUGUGUUUUUAUUUAGCACUUCUCUCUGAGGGCGUAGUUCUCCACUGGUUUCUCUCAGUCUGUAGAGGGAGCAUGAAAUCCUUUUAAAUGAAGGCCUAAACUGCCCAUUUCUUGUUUAGGUUUUUUUAACCUUGCUGUAACACAGUGAGCAGCUCCUUUGGUGCCACCAGAUAAAUCGUUGUACUGGCAGGAGUUGGUAAAACAAUAACUGUGGCUGUGAACAUUUUUACUUGGGACUAAUGAGUCAAAAAUGGAAAUAAGGGACAUAAAGUUGUGCAGGCCUGUGAUGCUGGUUUGAUUAAAAUCAGUUUUAUGUAAUUAUUUUUCAAACAGUUCUUUCUCUGUAUGUGACUUCCAAUUACAGAUACAAAAGGCACAAGAAGGUGAGAAAGUUAAUGGGAUUCAUAAUGGUUUUGAGUUUUUUAGCUGAAUUUUUUUGCAGUCUUUUGGCUUAGCAGGUGAAGCUGUAAAAACCCUCUAAACUGAACAAUCCAGUAGAAUAACCAAGGGCUCAUAUACCUUGGCUGACAGCUCAGUGCGUGAAAAGACAUGGAUGCUGAUGUUUUCAACCAAGUGGUAGUUGCAUGAGGCCAGAACUGAGAUAUGCAGGUGCAGCUGUUUGAGAAACUUUCACAUAAGCUUUUGUGCAGAGAGGCUUCUGUGAACUCCUUUUGACUCCUUUUCCUGUACAUAACUGACUUAAAGCACAAUAAAAGCAGAGAGGAAGACAGGUCUUUUACAAGACUGCUUUUUCCCCUCUACAUACGUA